AUGAGGUUCACCUUCCUUCUUCCUCUCUUCAUCAUCAGCGCCACAGCCACCCAAUCGACCGUCCUCGGCGGAGACACAACGUGUGGUGAUCAAGACCUAGAAGCAUCAUGCUGCGACCCCGACAGCAAGCUCUGCCAGUUCCUGAGCGCGCUCGAUCCCUGUGCCUCGAACCAUGUCUACUGUUGUGACUUUUCCAACAACAUCGAGCGAUUCCUCGAUUGGCUUAUUAUCGUGGCUGAGAUUAGCUUUUCUCGUAUGCUGGCCGCAGUCAGGCGUCCGACUGACCAGGGAGCAUGGACGUUUGGCGAACUACGAGAUACUAAAAGCACCAAGAAUGGUCGCUUUGGGAUCUAUGAUGCAGUCGAAAAUUGCGGGGGCCAAAACAAACUUCAAUCCUUGAUUCAGGAGAAGCGCUGGGCUGUGUACAUCACAUGCGCUGUGAAACGAUAUGCAGCUUGGUGGUUUAACUGUCUCCCAGAUCAGGAGUCUAUUCCAACAACAGCGGACAUUCGGAAGGAUGCAUAUGCGAACAUUGUUAAACCCGAGAAAAGGCUGGACUGGGAGGAGAAACUUCUACCGCCCCUUGACGUGCUCAUGGUAUGGCAUGCGCAUAUGCUGAAUCCACGAAAGUAUCUCGAGGACUGCAUCCGGUAUGGCAAAAUGUAUGUCUGGGGGGCUAGCUUUCCGUGGGAGCUCGUUGAUCGCCACAUUGACGGCGGCACAUUCGAAUAUGUAUCAAACGAGGAUACACGCAAGUCUUUUGAGGCCCAGCUGGGCUUCAGCUGGGAUAAUUCGCUUGACCCAUCCACCACUACCGUUGAAUGCCCCAAGUGCAGUAGCAUGGUCUUCGUCGACUGGAUCAACGGCCAUGUCGGGUCAUGUAUCGACCAUCCGUUUAGUGAUUUUACCGGACUCGCAGACAGAGGCUUUGGUGCUACCUGCCAUGAGUGUCAUUUUGUAAUUGAUCAUGAUCGGCUCAAGGUGGCCAAGUGGCGUCGGGAUGUACGGUCACUGCUGGAGCACGAUAAGCCUAUGCGAGGAUGCUUCUACAACACCCGUGGUGUCCCCUUUCCAGUGCCGGAGAGCUGGAAGAAGACAUCAUAUCUAUACCCAAGCCAGCUCAUUCAUGUUGUUGGUGUUGACAUGCUGGAGUUCACUGACCCCACGGCCGAUAAUUGCCACAACAUCUCCGAUCUGCGCGAAUAUCUCGAGGAAAGGAUCAAAGAGCGCAAGACCCUGCAGAUGGCUCAUGAUACAUAUAUCUUCACGAGCCGGCCCAUGCGAGCUGAGAAGCUGUGCAUUCGCCGGAUGAUGGCCCGGUACUGGGAUAACUCAGGUCCAUUUGCCCUUGAUUUGACAGGCGCCGUCAUCAGACAGGGGAAGUUCGUCCAACAAAUGGACCGUAUCAACUGGAUCAGGUCGCCGACUCUUCACGCUACCAUCAACAGGCUAAUUGCCAAGUAUCAAAUCUUCUUCCAGAUCAUGGUCGAUCACCCCAAACAUAUGGCUGUACCCACACUCGAUGUGGAUCUGGCGUGGCACACACAUCAGCUAUCCCCGGCACGAUACUAUAAUUAUAGUGUCCGAUCAACUAGUCGCCCAGUGCGACUUAUUGACCACAAUGACAAAGUUGAUGAGCUAAAGCUGAGCAACGGAUUUGAAUGGACUUGUAAGGUAUACCGUGAAGUUACCAACGGGGGCGUCUACAGCGAAUGCAUCUGUUGGUAUUGUGAGGCGAUCCGCUAUCCGGAUAUAUACGAGCGUUUCCGCGCCUCUGCAGCCAUCUUCAAUGCUCGCAGAGCCAUCAAUGAGCUUCACAAUCGGCCGAACGUUGCUUCUGAGCCUGACCGUGGCCCUCAUAUCUCUGUUCAUAAUGCUGUACGCCUUCAGCAAUUAUCCAAGUCGGAGUCAACCGAAAGAGAAGUCCGGGCCCUGCGACUUUUAGAAGCCCACAAGAAGGCUGUCAGACGAGCUGAAAGGCGUGCCCAUUCCCCUAGGCCCGGGGGAAGUCCGACAGCGCUUGAAUCUGCUAUCGCGGCUGUCAGUUCAUUUAUCUUGCCGAAUCCCACCGCAGAUUCAGUUUCACAGGACGAGAUAAGUAUCUCGUCCGAGGAGGAACCACGGCCUGAGAAGAACGAGAACAUCGGAGACGCUAUUGAGAAUUUCUUCGACGCGGUUGAGGGUCUCGUAGAUGGACUAACUGAUCUAUUCCCCGAUCAGCCACACUCGACAGACGGAUCCCAUCAUGGAAUGGGAGCUUGUAUUUCGGGAACAUGUAAUGCUUCUGUCGCGGCUGGGAACUGUGGAGCAUGUGGAAGUGGAGCUUCGUGUGGUGCUUGUGGGGGCUGUGGCGGCGGCGGAGGAUGCGGUGGUGGUUCUGGAGGAUGUGGUGGUGGUAGCAGUGGUGGAGGGUCCUGCGGUGGAAUACUGGAAACCGCCCUGGCGGAGGUUCUGCGGAGCGAGUCUAAUGUGAGGAUAAGCAUUGUGUCUCUUGAUGGGAAUAUCGAACAGGAAGAAGAGGAGGUCGUAGAGUAAGGACGAGAUCAACGAGAAAAAUGCCGGCCCGAUCACCUGAUCUGCCACUGUCAAUUGGAGGCCUAGAAAGGCAGAAUGAUGUGAAGAAU